UGGGGAUCGAACCGGCAACCUUCCAGUCACAGGGCCAGUUCCCUGACCUCGAGCCCACGACUGCCCCCGCAACCUUUAUAGUUUAUUCUGUGUCUGCUGCUUAUUUUCUAUUUUUAAUGCAUGUUUGCUGCUUAAUUUAGCUAAUGCAAGCUAAGCUAAUGAGCAGCAAGACUUUGAACCUUGGCGACGCAUCAAAACAUGCAGAAUUAUUGCACUAGGGCAAUAAUGAAAACUGCAACACCGUUCACAUAGUUGUUGCCAUCGUAAUCUUUAGUGUACGCAAUGCAAAGUUCUGCAAAACGUCCGCAGAAGAUUUCCCUGCUUGGUCUCUCACUCCUCCUUAGACCUUCUCAUGCUACAAUAACAGCAUUUGGCUGAUGCUCUUAUCCAGAGUGACUUAUGAUUUGAUCAUCUUACACCGGGAGGUAAAGGCGGUGUUAGGAGUCUUGCCCAAGGACCCUUAUUGGUGUAGUGUAGGGUGCUUACCCAGGUGGAUUGAACCCCAGUCUACAGUGUAGAAGGCAGAGGUGUUAACCACUACACUAACCAACCUUCUCACGCUACUGCUGGACCCAGACCUAAAACUAUAUGUGAAAUAUGUGAAAAACAGCUCUGGAAUCACAGUCACAGACUCUUCUGUGUCAUUAUAGAACCAACUGAAUGGAGAAGAAUAAAGAUCUGAAGUUCCUCUGUGUCUUAGUGUAAUUCCACACGGUGCACCUGUGAUCACCUGUGAUCCAUCUGUAACAGUGACCAAAUCAUUAGUAGUUUGUUUUUUGCCCAUGUUGUUCACAUUUAAAACCAUCAAACAUAUUUAAAAGCUGUAAAGAUGACCCGCUUUUAUUUAAGCAUGUUUUACUUUAUUCAAAGACAUCUCUUCUAUUUAAAGAGGGCUUGCUUUAUUUAAAGACAUCGACUUUUACUGGAAGACGUUGUUUUUAAUUGUCUGCUUUUAUCUUAAUGAGAUUUUUCUUUUUUGUAGAAGUAGUCUUACCCUUCUGGGCCACUGUAAGUGGGUGGAUACACAGGUUUCCUGUAGCAGCUGAUAUGAUCCUAUGAUCUUCAUAUAGUCCUGCAGAUGGAACGUGAGUCUUCAAGCUGACGGAUGCUGUAAGGUUUGGUUCUGAUUCUGAGUUAGUGGUGUUGUGUUGCUCUUAAGCUUUAGAAAUGACGCUGAGUAAGUGGAGCGAUUUCUUUAAACAGCACCCGUACAGCAGCAGCGUGCUCUUCAGCCUCGUUUUUGUGGCUUUGGAAAAGGUUGUUGAGUUUGAUUUCGUGUGCCCCUGUGAAAGCGGAUUCACAGAGGCCUUCUUCUGUUGUUACUUACUGGUGCCCAUGUUCAUUGCUUUUGUCUUUGGACUUUACCUUCUGAGCUUCAAACGUUCAUCACGUGGAGAACAUGGCUCAGAUCUCCUGAAACUUCUGGCCUGUAUGGUUCCGUCUGUUGUCUGGCUGGCCAUGUUUCUCUGUGAUGGUAGAUACACAGCCUGUUUAUAUACGGAGUUUGGUGCAGAGUUUUCAGACAGCGAUAACCCGUCUCCAUGGAAAUGGUGUGAGAAAACCCAAACACUGACUCCUGACGAGAUCAUUACGCUGGUGUCAUUCUACAUAUCUAAGUUGGUAGGUUUCGGUGUUUUUGUCCUCAUCUCGGCUGUAGCACUGAUUUAUAAGUGCUGCAUGAACUACUGUAAGUGCCUAGACUUCACCGACACGGAGCCCUGCUGCUCGGCCCAUGGUAAAACCUGCAGCGUAGCCCACUGUCGAGCCUGCUGCGAACACCACAAACCAAACUGCUGCUCAGCGCACAGAGAUAUGAGAUGCUCAGCCCACCUCCCCGAAGAUGCUUCAUCAAGUCAAGGCAACCGUCGGGACCACAGUGUUCACUUAGAACUACAUUCCUGUCAUGGUGCUGCUGCCUGCCAUUGUGCCAAACCGGAAAACUGCCCUAGUCUCCAUCACCAUACCUGCCGCUGUGACUGUCACAAGCGCUAGCCCUCAAUUGUUUCCUACUCACAUUCAGUUCCCUCUCUCACUGAUUUGUUUGCUUCUCUUUCACCGAUUCCUUUCUUACUCCGUCACUUAUUCAGUUCCAUCCAUUUGUCGCUGAUUCAUUUCCCUCUUCUGUUAUGGAGUCAUUAACAGAAGAGGAUAUUGAUUCAGCUGAGAUGUACAAAUGCAAGGGGGGAAAAAAACAAAACAAAAAAAAAAACACACAACCACACACACACACACACACACACACACACACACACACACACACACACACACAAUGCGAAUCUAAAAACCCAAACCUAAAUCAUCCUAGACUAAUCUGAUCCGCCACAGCAGACCCCAAGAAAACAUGACCGAUAGAAUCACACAGCUGAGGAGGUGCAAAGACGAGGAAAAACAACUGCAAACAAAAAAUCUAAACCUAAUCAAAUCGAGAAACACGCUGGCACAGGGGGCAUAAAAAUGUUUAUGGUCCAUUUACAUCUUAUCCUAGGAUUUAGACUUCAACUGCAGUAAAACCGACACCGACGCUGUUCAGCUUUGAACGAGUGACAAAAACUCUUCAGAAUGGAUUUUUACUUUUAAAAGGUCUCCCCUUUAACCACAACUGGAAAUUCAGAUGCGAACACCGUCACACUGAGAACCAACUGAAGGCUUGAGGCAAUAGUAGAUAGCAAUGGUUGCAGUGCCGUGAUCAGAGGUUUGAGAAAAUGAAGCACAGCGUGGCAGAGAGCAUAAUGAUAGAGAUCAUGACACUGCAGGAUCAUACAAAACUAGGCUCAAGUAUUAUUUCCUGCCCUGCGAUGGACUGGCGACCUGUCCAGGGUGUGUCCUGUAACCCCCCCCCCCCCCUGUUUUCUGUACUGGCCUCUUUGUGUGUGAACUAUUUAAAUUUGCCACUGCAAAACUGAUGGAGAACCGCUCUUCCUCUGCUGAUGCCUGCCUUUAUCGUUUUAUUUGAUAUGUUUUAUGGGUAAGCUUAAAAAAUGUCUAGUAAAUGCUUAUUAAUACAUUGCGAUGUAUUCCAAGUGUCUGUGGCAUGACGUGUGAUAGAAGAUAUGGUAUAACACAAAAUACUGUCCAGAGGCCUCCGCAGUGCACAGCUGAUGAUGGGGUGGCGUAGUGACGCACAGUUGAGGCCCUUAAAGCUUUCAAACUGAUUUUGAAUUGUAAUGUCAGGCCGCUGCACUCAUUACCAUGCUACACCUCAUCAUUAAACUGUUAAACAUUAAACAAACGGUAGUCGAAGCCUGUUCCAAAAUCCACAGUAUUAGUUGAAUAUUAACGAACAUUUAAUACGUGUUUAAAUGUUUGUGUGACUUUAUGAAAGUUCAUUAUUUUAUAAAAGUGACAUUUUGUCAAUCUAACAGGAUACCUGCUAAAAUGCAUCAAUAGAGAGAAAAAUGAAUAGAUGCAAUUUGUUGAUCCUGAAGCAGAAAUUAAGAAAGUUAUGAUUCUCUUUGUAUUUCUAUAUUUUUGCAGCUUAUUAUUAUGCAGUAUUUGAAACAUGUAGGAUGUUUUUCUUUGGUUUAACUAGGAAAAAUGUUAGUGGUGACUGCUUUUUAUAUCAAUUUCAUUUUCAAAUAUUUCAGCUUGAGUGUUUAGAUCAGUAAAUGCUUUGUAUUUUCAGUUUUUAUAACAACUUCUGCUGUUAUGCUGUUUAAGAUGUUUCAGGAUUUCUAAGAUCUUCUGUAAUCUUAUAUUAUUUUUAUUAUAUACAUAUUCGCUCAAAAGAAACGUGCAGCUGACUCAGCAGACAGAAGCCCCAGUGUUCGUUUACGCCCACAUAGAGCUUAAAGACACAUCAAGGCUCCUCAGCUGUGCGUUUUGUGCUGUACUGUAUUGUUUCACUUUGAAUAAACGCCUCCUGCUGCA